AUAGACACACACACAACUCUGUUUCAUAAUAACCAAUAGACCAAAUACCAAUUCAUCAGUGGAAAGAAAAACGUCAACUCCUCCCAUCAAAACCUUUGGCAGAAUUUAAACCAAAACUAGAGAUUCUGAUGGAAUCCUUUGGUAUCAAAGUUGAAGCUCAAGAAAUGCUAAAUGCUGUUUUUCUCCCAUUCAUAUCAAAAAGUCACCUCCUUUUCGUAGUAGACAUAGCAAGGCUUUUCGCCAUGCAUGGUGUAGAUGUCACCAUAAUCACCACACCAUCAAAUGCAGCCAUUUUUCAAACCUCAAUCGACCGCGACUCAACUCGCGGUCGUUCCAUUAGAACACAUGUUGUCAAGUUUCCACAAGUACCUGGUUUGCCACAAGGAAUGGAAAGCUUCAAUGCUGACACUCCUAACGAAAUACGUUCCAAAAUCUAUCAGGGAUUGAUGGUUCUUCAAGAGCAAUUCAAACAACUGUUCCGCAACAUGAAACCUGAUUUCAUAGUCACAGACAUGUUUUAUCCUUGGACUGUUGAUAUUGCUGAUGAGUUGGGAAUUCCAAGGUUGAUUUGUAUUAGUGGAAGUUACUUUGCUCAUUCUGCAAUGAACUCUGUUGAAGUAUUUGCGCCUCAUGCGAAAGUUAAUUCGGAUAGUGAGAGUUUUCUGCUUCCUGGGUUGCCUCACAAGGUGGAAAUGACGCGUUUGCAACUUCCGGAUUGGCUUCGAGCACCAAAUGAUUAUACUUAUUUGAUGAAGAUGAUUAAAGAAUCAGAGAGAAAAAGCUAUGGAUCAUUGUUUGAUAGCUAUCAUGAGAUUGAAGGUACUUAUGAGGACCAUUACAAAACAACAAUGGGAACCAAGAGUUGGGGUGUGGGACCAAUUUCUUUGUGGGUGAACCAAGAUAAUUCGGAUAAGGCUAGCAGAGGGCAUAGUAUAGAACAAGAUGCAGAAGAAGACGAGGUUCUUAAGUGGCUUGAUUCUAAAGAAGAGGAUUCUGUUCUCUAUGUUAGUUUUGGUAGCAUGAACAAGUUCCCUAGUUCUCAACUUGUUGAAAUAGCUCAUGCACUUGAAGAUUCGGGCAAAGAUUUCAUUUGGGUUGUAAGAAAAAUCGAAGAUGGCGAAGAUGGUGGUUUUUUGAGGGAGUUUGAGAAGAGAGUAAAGGAAAGAAACAAGGGCUAUUUGAUUUGGGGUUGGGCACCACAACUUCUGAUACUAGAACAUGCUGCAGUUGGAGCUGUGGUGACUCAUUGUGGGUGGAAUACUAUUAUGGAAAGUGUGAAUGCAGGUUUGCCAUUGGCUACUUGGCCUCUUUUCGCCGAACAAUUUUACAACGAAAGGUUGUUGGUUGAUGUGUUGAAGAUUGGUGUGGCAGUUGGAGCAAAGGAAUGGAGGAAUUGGAAUGAGUUUGGAGAUGAUGUGGUGAAGAGGGAGGAUAUAGGAAAAGCAAUUUGUUUGUUGAUGGGAAGUGGAGAAGAGUGUUUGGAAAUGAGGAGAAGAGCCAAAGCACUUAGUUGUGCUGCAAAGAAAGCUAUAGAGUUUGGUGGUUCUUCUCACACCAAAUUAAAGGAACUAAUUGAGGAUCUCAAGUUAUUCAAACUUGAAAAGGUUAAGAACAAAUUGGAGGAAGUGGCUUAGGGAGAAUUAAUUGCAAUUUUGGUAUGAACUUUCUAAGCAUCAUUCUACAAUGGAACUAUGUGUUAGAACUCUUAUUAUAGGAGAGGGCAAAGUUAGUUAUGCAGUUAUGUUUUUUAAUUUAAAUUAUGUGUGUCAGUUAUGUGUGACAGUUAAGUGUGUUUUAUGUUUUAAGAAUAAAAUAGGGAAAGACAAGGGUAAUUGGUUAUUGUGUAGUUAAUUAAGUGGUUAUUGGGAGAACCAUGAUAACCUAGUCAUUGUUUAGCGUGCCCUUGUUCUGUCUUUCCUUUGUAACAGUGUCAGUGUCAGUGUCUAUGUAAACAUAUUGUGUUUGUGUUUGUAUGCAUCUAUGACUAAGAAUAUCCCUUCUUCAGAUGUUA